GUCCAUGCGCUGUUGUUGUGAUUGACGGACAUGCAGGAGUCAUGUUGAACUUUCGUUUUGCUUUUUGUCGCGACAAGUAUGAUUUAAGUAAUUGAACGACGAUGUCAGAAAUACUGAUGAAAGAAAUGGAGAGUAUAUCUGUCGGUCCAGUGAAGCCUGAGGAACGAGCCAGCGGUGUCCGGAGCUUCCUGCUGGUGGAUGAACAAGAAAACCUGCAGGUCCACGAUGAGACUGAGUUUGCGGAGAGACUCGGCUGUGCUGACGUCGCAGGUGUCAAGGUCCUCUCCAUCUUUGGCAACACUGGCGAUGGCAAGUCACACACCCUCAACCACAUUCUGUUUGGUGGCGAGAGUGUGUUCUACACCUCCAAGUCCCCCAGCUCCUGUACAGUGGGAGUGUGGGCCGCUUACAACCCCUCUCUGAGCCUGGUCGCCCUGGAUACAGAGGGCCUCCUGGGAGCUGCCGCCAAUCAGAACCAGAGAAUGCGGCUGCUGCUGAAGGUAUUGGCGGUGUCUGAUAUAGUAGUCUAUCGUACACGAGCGGAGCGCCUCCACAAUGACAUGUUCCACUUCCUGAGUAGUGCCUCAGGGGCCUACCUGAGGCACUUUACCCCAGAGCUGAGGGCCCUGUCAAGCCGGUGUGGUCUGGAUGUGCCCCUCUCUUCUCUUGGGCCUGCUGUCAUUGUCUUCCAGGAAACAACACACACUCAACUGCUGGGCCAAGAUUCAAAGGUGCCCGGUCAUGCUGACACGCUGCUCCAGAAGCGUUUUCAUGACCUGAAUUUGGGGACAGAGGCCUUCAGUUCGGUGCAGUACGUCGGCACUCAGACCAUCACACCUCCUACAGACUACAGCAGACUGCUGGAGGCCGUCAGGCAGCAAGUGAAGAACACUCACACCCGCUCCCCCCGCCAGCCCGGCAUCGUGUUUCACGCUCUGGAAGCUCUGAGUGAACGUUUUUGUGGAGAACUAUCAGACGACAAGAUGACGCUACAUUCCUUCUUCCCUGACGAGUACUUCACCUGCUCCGCUGUCUGCCUCAGCUGCAAUAUUCGCUGUAAAAAUGGAAUGAACCAUCUGAGAGACAGGGUUCCCCAUAUGGCAGAUGGACUGUGCCAGUAUGCACACCAGUACAACAACAAGGUCCUCAUCUGUAAGAGGUGCUAUGAAGGAGGCAGAGAGGUGAUCGUUGUACCAAAAACAUCGGCUUCCACCGACAACCCAUGGUUUGGACUGGCCAAGUAUGCCUGGUCAGGGUAUGUGUUGGAGUGUGCUAGCUGUGGCGUAAUCUACCGCAGCAGACAGUACUGGAUGGGAAACCAGGACCCUGAGAGCGGCGUAGUGCGAUCUGAGGUCAAACACGUCUGGGAGGGAUCUGACACCUUCCUGACCAACCACCAGAACGCUGCCCAGAGGGUCCUGGACGGGAUGAACUACAUGAUUCAGUCAGUGUCAGAAUAUGGCACCGGCCCCACCAAAGCUGUCACUGCCUGGCUGACUGAUCAGGUGGCACCUCCAUACUGGAGACCCAACGCAGAGAUCACUUCCUGUCAUGGAUGUCAGAAGGUGUUUGAGGAGGCGGAAAGGAAGCAUCACUGUCGAUCAUGUGGCGAGGGUUUCUGCCAUCCCUGCUCCAGCCACAGGAUGCCGGUGCCAGAGAGGGGCUGGGGCAGCGGUCCUGUCAGGGUGUGUAAAGCCUGCUACCGCCAGGGAGGACCUGCUGACACUAACAGCCAGGUGUGCAAAGUGGAGCCUCGAGGUUUAAUCGCUCGCAGAGUGACGGAGGUGGCUCAGUCUACCCUGGACAUGGUCACCACAGCUGUGGAUUACCCUCUCUGUUUUGUGAAGGACGUGGCUCGGCCAGACUACUGGGUGCCAGACCAGAACAUCACUCAGUGCCACCAGUGCUCUAAAACCUUCACUCCAGUCAUGUCCAAGCACCACUGCAGGGCCUGUGGGCAGGGAGUGUGUGGUCCCUGCUCCACACACAACAGACCUGUGCCCUCCCGUGGCUGGGACCACCCGGUCAGAGUGUGUGACAGCUGCCACGCCCGUACAGACGCCCUGUGACCUCCUCAAGCAGGAGAACUUUGCAAAGUGCACUCGGUCUUCCUCAGAUGAUUCAGAAAAACACUGUGAAUCCUGGUACGGCUGCUCCAAGACGACACGGGGGAUCAGCUCAACAGCACUAAACGGCAGAACUGGAACCAGCUUUGUUUUUGUGGGAAACGACAGGCUGCUUAAAAUCACCACUAUCCAGGCUAACGGUGCUGACCAAGGAUCUGCUUCCCAUCUCAUCUGCUUCCUUUGACUGAUUUUGUAUCAGUUAUGAGACAAGCGUGUAUCAUAGAUCACCUUCACCACAGCCCCUCUUGACUAGUCAAACUGCUUUAAGACUAACUGGACAAAUAGCCGGCUGGAUACAAUGUUUUUAACCGAUUGCUUUUAAGAAUUAAAACAUUCAACUCCUUGCAGUUUAUCAUUUUAAGAGCAGAGCUUGAACUCAAAGCUGCACUCUUGUGUAGCCCACUCUUCCCUGCAGCAGGCUUCCCAUUCUCACUUUAAACAAGGCAAUGACAAGAAAAGGAGAAAAAGGGAUGAACUGGGACGUGGAAGUAGGAAAUUUUAGAGACUUUUACACUUAUCUAUUUCUUCACGUAUCAAAGCCAUUGCAGCCACUCAUUUGGUCUUUUAUUUGACUCUUUUUGCGCAUCCUUCAGAAGAGAUGACAUUGAGCGAGCGACUUUUUUCCUCCUCACAAUCUUCCUCUGAACUCUUACCUGCAGAUCCUGGCAAAGACAAGUAUGAAAAUCAUCUUUAUGGAAAAAUGGAACUUGUUCCUGCGUUACUCAGGGCAGAAAGAGAAGCAAGUUGGAGAAAACACAAGCUGUAGCAGUGUGUGCCUUCAUGGGAAUCUUAAAACCCAUUUCUGUAGCCCCUUAGGUUUGUUUUGGGGAUUCCUCAGUAUGUGCAAGGACUAACGAGAUUAUUUGUGCCUAUUUACAGAGCAAUGCCAUUUACAGCUUUGCUCCUCUAACUCCUACAGUUGUAUCUGCAAUAUGAUGAAAUGAAUAGGAGAAUAAGAUCUGUAGCUUAACUCAUUUAGACAUUCCACUGUAUGGAAAUAUCUGUGUACCCGUGUAGACUGAGGCUAUUUUAAGAAAUGAAGCUCUCAGAGGAAUGAAUUACACUUGCGCUAGACUGGAUCAUUGAAGUGUGGUUAUUUGAAAGACGCGUAUAUUAAAUCACUUGGCAACAUAAAGUACAAACUAUAUAAGAAUUGUUGAAAAAUUACACUUUCUGUCAAAGGGAGUUUCUCUGUGUAAAAUCCAGGAUGCUUUGUGCUGUUUGUUUGUUUUUGUCUAGAAAUAACCACUUAAGUGUCCGAGAGGUUUUUCGGUCAAAUCUAGUAACUGACAAUCUUGAUUUUGCUUUUCUUUAAUAAAUGAAGCUCAUUUACAGAAGGAAGACAAAGAA